AAGUUACUUCACCUUACAUAUUAAAAACGAUUAGAAUUAUGGAUGAGAAAUCAUUAUUUAGCAUUUUUAAUAUAAAAAAAAGUGUAUCAAGUACUCCUACUGAAAAAGAUAUCAAAGAAGACAAUGAUGGCAUUCUACAGUCAUCGUCCAGAGUUAUUGAUUCACUUGGAUCUGGAAGUGUUACAACAUUACUAGAAGAAAAUGCAAGUCUAAUAUCAAACUCCAACACAGAUCCACAAAUUAAUAGUUUUCAGUCAAAUACCAGGGUAAAUGAUUUAGGUGAUAUCGAUUCAGGUCCUGCUAAACCUAUAUUAGAAAAAUACCCUCAGACACAAUUUGGUUCACAAAAUAGAGGUUUUUCUUCUACGGUAUAUAGUCGUUUUGAUUGGAUAGAGUAUAGUGUGGUUGAGGAUUCUAUAUUUUGCUAUUCUUGUAGAAUGUUUGGCUCUAGAACUGUAGCUAACAUGGAAUUUUCAACUAAAGGAUUUAGAAAUUGGAAAAAAAUUUUUGGCUCUAGAGGAAAAGGAUCAUAAUACACUAAAUCAAAGUUAGAGUUGCAUUCUAGUUGUCAGUACCAUUUGACUUGUAUGACAAAGUGGCAUGCACAUAUCCAAUCUAAAACUACUGGUACUGUUCAUACAUUAGUUACAAAUGCGCACCGUGAUAAAAUAUUAGAAAAUAGAGAUUACAUGCUAACAUUAAUUGAUAUCAUAUUAUUUUUGGCAAAUCAAGGAGUAGCAUUUAGAGGUCAUAUUGAAAAUGAAACAUCUUUGAAUCAAGGUAACUUAAAAGAAGCAUGCAAACUAAUGGCAAAGUAUAAUCCAACUUUUGCUUUAAAUUAUGCUAAACCAACA